UGUCAUAUCAACUGUCAUUAGAAGUCACUCGAGCAGCUGAUCUUCGAAAAAUUUAGUUACAAAUUGUUUUUAUUUAUGUAACUAAUUCGAUUAUUAUAUCUCUUCAGAGAUGAUUCGUAAAGUUGUUAUUGGAUCUGGGUUAGUGGCGUUGGUGCCAAGUGUUAGUGCUGCAACACCUGUACCACCAUCUGAUGAACCGGUCCGCCCUCCGCCUAUGAAACCUUCUGAAUUACCCAUAUAUGAAGCCCCUCAUGCUGAAUAUGGAGAGUAUUUACAGUCAAAAGCAAAUGAACAGAAGAGUUCAUACUUAAGAUCAGUGCUCCUCCCACCAGUACAAGCAGUGCGAGAAAAAGUUCAAAUCGGAUGGGCUCACACCGAGUCACUUACAAAUACUGUCAAAGAUAAUUACUCAGAGCUACACGAUAAAACUGAGUGGAUUGUGCAAUAUUUAAGAGAAGAGGAGAACAAACAGAUUAGGUAUGGGGCGGUAGCUAUGGGUGGUCUCACUGGCUUCAUAUUUGGCCUUCGAGGAGGACUUAUCAGGAGAUUAUUCUAUGCUGGACUAGGAACAACGGGUAUGGGCUACAUUUGUUUCCCUGAAGAGACUAAACAGAUUAUGAAUGACAAUGGAGUCUUUGUAAAACAAUAUAUUAAUAUUGCUUACAACUUCUUGUAUGGAGUUAAACCUGGAGACCCACAGCUGGAGGUGAAAUUCCCUGAGUUAUCUUUUCCCAAAGAUUUCUCAGAAUUUCUUGACUUAACAGUAUCUUUGGCUUCAUCUGUCAAACAAGCUGUUAUGCCCCCGCCUUCUAAAGAGUCAGACACUAAACCAUCUGAACAUAAAGAAUAGAUUAUUUAAAUGAUGAUGAGCUAGAUCAAUAAACAACUAACAACGUAAAUGAAUGGUGAUUCAAGGAAACAUCAAAUAUAAAUAAUUUUCAGAAGUAUACAAAUGUACGUAUAUUUAUUGGAAUAACAGUGUAAUUUAUUCUAUAAUUGGUAAAUAAAAAAAUAUUAUAGUUAA